AUGGCCAACAAGGGUCCUUCCUAUGGCAUGAGCCGGGAAGUGCAAUCGAAGAUCGAGAAGAAGUACGACGAGGAGCUGGAGGAGCGGCUGGUGGAGUGGAUCGUUGUGCAGUGCGGCCCCGACGUGGGGCGCCCGGACCGCGGGCGCCUGGGCUUCCAGGUCUGGCUGAAGAACGGCGUGAUUCUGAGCAAGCUGGUCAACAGCCUGUAUCCCGAUGGCUCCAAGCCAGUGAAGGUGCCCGAGAACCCGCCCUCCAUGGUCUUCAAGCAGAUGGAGCAGGUGGCUCAGUUCCUGAAGGCCGCUGAGGAUUAUGGCGUCACCAAGACUGACAUGUUCCAGACCGUUGACCUCUUUGAAGGCAAAGACCUGGCAGCGGUGCAGAGGACCUUGAUGGCCCUGGGCAGCUUGGCAGUGACCAAGAAUGAUGGACACUACCGUGGAGAUCCCAACUGGUUCAUGAAGAAAGCCCAGGAGCACAAGAGGGAAUUCACGGAGAGCCAGCUGCAAGAGGGCAAGCAUGUCAUCGGCCUACAGAUGGGCAGCAACAGAGGGGCCUCGCAGGCUGGCAUGACGGGCUAUGGGCGGCCCCGGCAGAUCAUCAGUUAA